GAUGGGUAAAUACAGGGAUGAGCUGAACAGCCAGCGACGGAGGGACUUGGCUUUCCUUAUCGGUGCUGAUAAUACAGACGGGCGAUAUUUAAAGAUGGAUAGAAAUCUUUUCGAGACAACAAAGUUGUACUGGAAGGGGAUUAUCAUGGGCGGAGAGAGGAAAGGCAAAACGCCGUGCUGCCAGACCCGGAGCGCUGACGACCAGGCCUGCGUGGCUGUGAAGAUCGAACAGUCCCAAGCUUUAGGCAGCAGCCCGGCGCUCUCCCAGAGCAGCGUGCCCAGCGUCCAGGCCUGUCUGAACCGUGCCAGUGGACUCAGCGGCGACAAGACCCGGGCAGGGGUCAAUGGAACCAGCUCCGGCGGCAGGGCCCGGCUGCCGUCUAAACCACAAGUGCCCCCGAAGCCCCUGCACCUCCUGAGCCCAGUGACGGAGGUCCAGACUCCCCUGAGCCGCUUCCACAAGCCGUCACUCGGAUUCAUCAUGGAGGAGGGAGGAGGAGGAGGAGGAGGAGGAAGAGGAGGAGGAGGAGGAGCAGCUGUGAACCGGGACAGAGUGAAGGAGAAACACUCCAAAGUCUCAGACCUCAUCAGCCGUUUUGAGGAGAACAGCAACCCAGAGAGCAAGAGAGACGGCUCGCCGGUCAAACACGUCGGCAAGGCGUCCAACGGCAGCCCGGCUCUCCGCGCCUUCCCCAAGCAGGCGGAGCCCGGCAGGGUCCAGGAGAACCACUCCGCCCCCGUGACGGCGGCGCAGGAUGCGCCCAGGCCGGCCAACGGGGUGCUAGGGCAGAUGGAGAAAGAGGACCCGAAGGAGAGCAGGAAUGGAACGGGCGAGGGCGUGAAGCUGGUUAAUGGAGACAUGGGCGGCGCGGAGCAGAGCGACGGUCACUCACCGCCGCACUCGGACAGGACGGACGCAGGAAGCCGGGCGGAGAGCGAGGACGGCCGGACGCCGGCGGACAGCGAAGCAGGGAGCACGGGGCAGAAGGAGACGAACGACCAGAAGCUGUUUAACAUUGCCAGCGAGCUCCUGAACACGGAGAAGGCGUACGUGACUCGGCUAAAGCUGCUGGACCAGGAGUUUUAUGCAAAGCUCAUGGAGGAGGCAAACAAAGGGACGUUCCCUGUGGAUGUGGUGAAAAACAUCUUCUCCAACAUCUCCUCCAUCACAACGUUCCACAGGGAUUUUUUGCUGCCGGACCUGGAGAAGCGCAUGGGAGAAUGGGCAUCCACGCCUCGUAUUGGGGACAUCCUGCAGAAACUCACGCCCUUCCUCAAAAUGUACGCCGAGUAUGUGAAGAAUUUCGACAAGGCCAUGGAGCUGCUCAAGCACUGGACCGACCGCUCGCCUCAGUUCAAGGCCAUAAUUCAGGACAUUCAGAGUCAGGAGGCGUGUGGCAGUUUAACGCUCCAGCACCACAUGCUGGAGCCGGUGCAGCGGGUCCCCCGGUACGAGAUGCUGCUGAAGGACUACCUGAAGAAGCUGCCUCAGGACGACCCGGACCGACGGGACGCAGAAAAAUCAUUAGAAAUCAUCGCUACGGCAGCGACUCACUCCAACUCUGCCAUCAGAAAGUCUGAGAAUCUGAAGAAACUGAUGGAGAUUUACGAGAUGCUGGGAGAGGAGGAGGACAUCGUGCACGCCUCCAACGAGUUCAUCAAGGAGGGCAACCUCCUCAAACUGGCGGCCAGGAACGCCUCGGCGAUGGAGCGACAUCUCUUCCUGUUCAACAACAUGCUGCUGUACUGCGUCCCCAAGUUCAGCCUGGGCGGGCCCAAGUACACGGUGAGGACGCGGAUCGGCAUCGACGGCAUGACGGUGCGCGAAUCCAACAACGAGGACUACCCGUUCACCUUCCAGGUGUCGGGGAAGGAGCGGACGUUAGAGCUCCAGGCCAGCUCAGAGCAAGACAAGGCAGGCUGGAUUAAGGCGAUCCAGGAGACCAUCGACAUCUUCAAUCAGAAGAACGAGUCCUUUAAGAACGCGCUGAAAGACGUGGAGGAAGUCUCGAAAGCCGAGCUCGGGAAGCGAGCCCCCCGGUGGAUCCGCGACAACGAGGUGACCAUGUGCAUGAAGUGCAAGGAGCCGUUCAACGCCAUCACCCGGCGGAGGCACCACUGCAGAGCCUGCGGCUACGUGGUUUGCUGGAAAUGCUCAGACAAUAAAGUGGCGCUUGAAUACGACGCCAACAAGCUGAACAAGGUCUGUAAAGACUGCUACGCCAUCCUGAAGGGCGAGAGCGUGACCGAGGGCAAGAAGAAGGGCAUUCUGGAGAUCGAGGCGGGGCAGUUCACGGACAGCAGCAUCAUGUGCGGCUUCCUGCAGUACUCGGAGAGGAGCAAGCCCUGGCAGAAGGUCUGGUGCGUCAUCCCGGAGACGGAGUGCCUGGUGCUCUACCUCUACGGCGCCCCGCAGGAUGUGAAGGCCCAAAGCACCAUCCCCCUCCUGGGCUACACCGUGGAGGACAGCGCCCGGCCCGCCGACCCGCCCGCCGCCUUCCGCCUCUCGCAGUCCAAGUCCGUGCACGGCUUCGCCGCCGACUCGGAGGAGCUGAAGCUGCGCUGGCUGAAGGUGAUCCGAGUGGCCGUGCUGGGAGAGAGGCCGGAGCGCCCCCAGACCGACGGCGCCAACCCCGGCGUGUCGGACAACAACAACGAACACGAGGCCGGCACCAACGGCACAUAAGGCCGCGCUCGCCGCCAGCUGUUGGAUUUUUCUACACGGAAACUGCUGUUGUGUUGUACAUAAGAUCCAAACCCUCCCGUCUGACCUCCAAGCCAAAUCUCUUAAGGACAAUGUGGAAACUUUUUGUGCUGGAUAAGCUGCUUUUUCUUCUCUCCUUUUUUUUUUUUUUUUUUUUUUUUGUUUGUUGCCUGGAUUUCCUUCGGUGAGAGUCUCUGCUAGAGCUGUGCUGGAUUACUAACAGACAUUUCUGGUACAAUCAACACUAGAGCAGAGGAGUCUCACAGAACAUCGACCUCCCACUAAUGAGCGAACGUCCGUCUCCACGGAUCAGAGCAGAGCCGGAGCCCAGACUGUCGCGCAGCUCCCCGAUCAUGAUGUGAAUCAUUCCAACCAAGGCUGCUGGGUCUCCAAUGCCGCCUACCUGUAUAGGACCUUUUUUCUUUGUUUUGUUUUGUUUUGUUUUCUUAAAAGGAACUGUUGUUUUUAUGUACAGAAAUUAGUCACAAGCUUGGUUUCUAUAAAAUAGAAAACAUCUAAGUAUAAUAUAAAGUAUUUACAGUAUUCCCUGUUUUCUUUGCUUGAGAGGAAGGUUCUGAAAUCGAGUGAUGAUGGUCUCAUCUGCUCCUCUCUUUCUAAAAUGAGAAAUUCAUCUGGCGGAAUGUUCGUUCUCCCUUAAAAUGCCCUCUUUACUUGGUUUAAUUGAUGGAUGAAUUCAAAUUGAAACUUGUGCCAAAUGAACCCUGGGGGGGAAAAAAAACACGCCACCAUGACAAUCAGUUGGUGGUUACUGUGAAACGUCAUUUUCUUGGCGAAAAUACUAAAUAAAAUGAGAUUAACUGUUGCGAAGCCACGGUGUCAGGAUGAGGGAGAACAGCAGUUUGCCGUCCGGGUUUCUGGAGAGAGAGUCGAGCGAGGAUCAUCGUCGUGUUUGGUGGCAGGAUUUUCUGUUCAGAUGCAAAAAGCAGCACAAUCAGGCAAAGCAAGCCGGUGCGACCAAUGUAAAUGUGUUUUUAAUGCUGUAAUUAAUUUUCUUAUUUAAAAGUAAUUUAUAGAGAAUGACGAGCAUGACCUGUUGAAACGUAGCACAAAUUCGUUCCUCGCUGUCAAGAAGUGCUUUUGUUAGAUCGCUUUUUUUUUGUUGUUGUUUUCUGAGAGCCAACAAUUUCUUUUUUUUUUUUUUUUUUUUUUAAUCCACUAACCUGUGAAGCGUCACAGAGUCCAGCUGUAGUACUGUAAGGACUGUUGGGGGGGGGGGGGGGGGGGGGGGGGGGGGGGGGGGGGGCGUGCCUAUAUUUUCCAAUGUGUGCUCAACGCUGGUGCUUCACCACAGUCACCUUUCAACUCGUCCCCCUCCCAGAAUUCAAACUAAUAAAAA